AUGAAUGAUGAAAUUUUCAUCUCACAAGAGGCUUAUGCAAGAGAGCUGUUGAAGAAACUCAACAUGCUAGACUGCAAUCCUACCAAUACACCUAUGGAGUGUGGAGUUAAACUUUCCAAAGAGAAAGAGGGUGUAAGAAAAGUUGAUCAAAUAUUAUUCAGAAGUCUCGUGAGGAGUUUAAGGUAUUUGACCUAUACCAAACUUGACAUUUUAUUUUCAGUUAGGUUAGUCAGUCGCUACAUGGAGAAUCUAACAGAAAUCUAUAUGAAGGCAGUCAAGAGAAUUCUUUGCUAUCUUAGAGGUAUUCUUGAGUAUGGCAUGUUUUAUUCAACUUCAGAUGAAUGCAAGUUAAUAGGCUAUUGUGAUAGUGAUUAUGCUGAAGAUAUUGACGGUAGAAAGAGUACUACUGGAUUUGUUUUCUUUCUAGGAAAUAAUGCAAUUUCUUGA